AUGCGAGAUCGACCAGCCAGUAUCCUGGCAGAAAACUCCCGCGAAGAACAACUCGUCAGAAUGGUAGAAAUCGACUGUAUGCUGGAUACGCUUUUGAGAAACGCUGAAUCAGGACUCAGACGCAUCAAGGAUCUGGAGCCUGAAUUCUACUUCGACGAUUUUGGCGAGAAAUCGGCCAAGUUCCAAAAUACGAUUCGAGCUUCACCUCGAACGACUUGUCCAUCGACUUUGACGAGGACGAUGAUAAGCUGA